ACAAAAUGGUUUGGAUAUUAUUGAUCCUCGUCUCAAGACGAAGAGAAUGACAUUGGUCCCGCCGGAAUCGGAAAAAGUUCAUUUUCCGGCGACUUUGACCGGCGGGCGGCGGCGGCGGGACGUGGAAGAAAAGAAAAGAAGAAAUGGGGUCAAAUUGAAAAUUUUAAAAUAUAUAAAAUUCGAAUUUGGCCCUAAUGACCGGAAGUUAACCUAGAAACGGGCUAAUGGCUCAUUAGUGAAAGGAUUGUGUAUGUUCAGGGAUUUUUGUGAAAGGAUUUGAAGUUCAGAAUCUCCUGACCCACACACUCACUCUCCGGCUCAAACCCAAUCAAGAUUCCCCCUUAUCCAUCAUCUGAAAAAUCUUUUCUUUACCGUUUUUGGGCAUCCCGAUUUGGGGGUUCUUCUUUUCACCUUAGUAGUUAGUAGUUACCCUGGGCUUUCUUCUGUUCUGAUUACUAUUUUCUUGGGGGGUUUUGGGGAUUUGAUCCUAAAAAAGGUUGAACCUUUUUUGGGUGGGUUGAAAGUGAACUUUUUUUUUUUGCUUCAUUUGGUAAUUUGGCCUCUGAUAUUGAUAGCUAAGAUUUGCUGUUUCUCUCUACUGUCUCUGGAAUAUGCAGCCUGAUCAGCGCAAAAAGUCAUCUGCGGAAGUAGAUUUCUUCACAGAGUAUGGUGAAGGGAGCAGAUAUAGAGUAGAGGAAGUAAUUGGAAAAGGUAGCUAUGGUGUUGUCUGUUCUGCAUAUGAUACACACCUUGGUGAAAAAGUGGCUAUCAAAAAGAUAAAUGAUAUCUUUGAACAUGUUUCUGAUGCUACACGCAUCCUUCGGGAGAUUAAGCUUCUUAGACUUCUUCGGCACCCAGACAUUGUGGAGAUAAAGCAUAUAUUGCUACCUCCUUCUAGAAGGGAAUUCAAGGACAUAUACGUAGUCUUUGAACUAAUGGAAUCUGAUCUUCAUCAAGUCAUCAAAGCAAACGAUGAUUUGACUCCAGAACAUUAUCAGUUUUUCCUUUAUCAGCUUCUCAGAGGGUUGAAGUACAUACAUACAGCCAAUGUAUUUCACCGGGACCUGAAACCAAAAAAUAUUUUAGCAAAUGCUGACUGCAAGCUCAAGAUCUGUGACUUUGGUCUUGCAAGAGUGGCCUUCAAUGACACUCCAACAGCUAUAUUUUGGACAGAUUAUGUUGCUACAAGAUGGUACCGCGCUCCUGAACUGUGUGGAUCAUUUUUCUCCAAGUACACUCCAGCUAUUGAUAUAUGGAGCAUUGGCUGCAUCUUUGCGGAGCUAUUAACCGGAAAGCCUCUUUUUCCUGGGAAGAAUGUAGUUCACCAAUUGGAUUUGAUGACUGAUAUGUUGGGAACACCUUCUCCUGAAUCAAUUGCAAGGAUCAGAAACGAAAAGGCUAGAAGGUAUUUGAGCAGUAUGCGUAGAAAAAGACCCAUACCUUUCUGCCAGAAGUUUCCAAAUGUCGACCCCCUUGCACUUCGCUUGCUGGAAAGGAUGCUUGCUUUUGAUCCUAAGGAUAGACCUACUGCAGAAGAGGCACUUGCAGACCCAUAUUUCAGGAACUUGGCUCGAGUUGAACGAGAGCCUUCUUCUCAACCUGUUACAAAAAUGGAAUUUGAAUUUGAGAGGCGAAGGAUAACAAAGGAGGAUGUGAGGGAGCUUAUAUACCGAGAGAUUCUUGAGUACCAUCCAAAGAUGCUGAAGGAGCACUUGGAAGGUGAAGAACCAACGAAUUUUAUGUAUCCUAGUGCAGUGGACAAAUUUAAGAAACAAUUUGCAUAUCUUGAAGAGCACUAUGGAAAAGGUGGCGUGGUAGCUCCUCCUGAGAGACAACAAGCAUCAUCCUUACCCAGGGCAUCUGUGUUAUACUCGGAUAAUUCAAUGCAAAAUACAACAGACAUUGCAAAUGGUCUGUCUAGAUGUUCUAUCAAAGAUGGAGACAAGUCAUUCAUGGAUAGGAGCUCAGAAGUUCCUAUGACAAGGCUUCCUCUCCAAGUUCCUCAAGGUGACGGUGCGAGGCCUGGUAGAAUUGUAAGUUCAGUGAUGCGCCAUAGUGGUGGUGGAUCAGGAACUGAGUCGAUCGAACAACAAAGAAGACUGCUUGGCAGGAACAACCACCCUACCACCACCACCACCACCACCACUACUACUACUAUGGUGCCUCAGUAUCAUAUCUCUAACCCUACGACAUAUUCUAAGAGACACCCAAGCUGUAAAAAUGAAAAGGGAGAAGAAGGGAACGAAGGGUCUAAACCCGCCGACCAGUACAUGGCCAGGAAAGUAGCUGCAGCAGCUCCUAGUGGAUCCUCAGGAACCCAGUGGUAUUAAGAAUAGCACACACUUUUUCUUUUUGCAGCAGCUCGGCUUCUGGUUUGCCGUAUCCUAUAAAACCAAAUUGCACCACGGAAAAUUUAUGGGGUUUUCAGAAUUUAGCAGCUUGGGUACCCAUUAUCUUUAACAUUAUAAACCAUUGGUCCUUAACGCCUGAGAAGAGUUGCGCUGUGGAUGAUGGCAUUGGCGGCGGCAUGGGACUAGAGGGAAGAAGUCAUUGGGUUGGGGGUGCUGUGCUGGUAAGGUAAGACUUGAAAGUUGGGAUAUCACAUGAUUUACUUGUUUCUGUUUUUAACUUAUACUCCUACGUAAAUGUGCAAAGCGGGUGUAAAACUAACUCGGGCUGUUUUUUUAACUUUCAACGGGACAUUUCUCACCCUUUUAUCCCUCUCUUCCCAGUUCCAGUCUAUGUAUAAGCAAGCUACUUCAGCUUGUCAAUAAGAACAAGUUGUAAAACUUCAAAGUUUUGUACUCCCUCCGUCCCAUUUUAUAAUGCAUGUUUCGGUUUACGAUGUUUAACU